AUGUCAGCCCAGCCGAAGAUGAUUUACCUCCCAGACACCAUGGCUAAUUGGCCUUGGCCGAGAGCUAUCAACCCCCACCACGAGGAAGUCGAGGCUGAGUCAGACGCAUGGUUCGAAGGCUUCAAGCCAUUCACAAAGAGGUUGCAGCUUGCCCUUGAGACGUGCGAUCCUGGUAUGCUUGCGUCUCUCGCAUACCCAUGGGCCUCGAAGGAGCACCUGCGCACCGGCUGCGAUUUGAUGAGCGUCUUCCUUAUCAUUGAGGAGUCGACUGAUGUCGAGAGCGCACCCGUUGUCCGUGACAUAGUCGAUAUGGUCAUCGACGCGAUAAACAAGCCGCACAAGCCGCGCCUGGAGGGAGAGCACCAUCUUGGUGAGAUUACGAGACAGUUCUGGGAGCAGUCAACGGGAAACGACCGUCACAACAUCCUCACCAUCGUCAUGCACCAAUUCAACAUUGAUUUGGAGGCAGCAAUGGCAUGGGUUGCGAGCUACCACAAGGAUGUCGAGAACAAGUUCCUGGACGGGAUGAAGGAGUUGCCAUCAUUUGGACCCACUGUCGACAAAGAGCUCGAGGAAUACAUCCUCGCUCUGGCGAUUUGGCUUCGCACGAAUGACUGCUGGGCUUUUGAGAGCGGACGCUACUUUUGGAGCAAGGGCCUACAGGUCCAGAAGACUCGCUACGUGCCUGUACUUCCGAAGGUGAAGACUCAAACAAGAGCAGGCAGUCUCCCUACUGUUCCUGGCUCGCGCCGCGACCGUCCAUGA